CCCUCACAACAGCGCGAAUAAGAGAAAAGAGACACGGUCCCUAAGUUGAGCGUGAAUAAUAAACUGCUAACGGGAAGGCGUCGCGUCUUUUAAGGUGGAACGAAUAGCGUCAAAAAGCUGCGAAUAGCCGGAUUCAGCCUCAUGAUCGCUUCAGUAGUUCGUCGUAGCCUUGCAGCAGCUGCUUUCUUAUCCUCUGAAUAUGCUGAAGGCUUUGGGAGGAAUCUGUUUGCUUCAUCUUACUACGAUUUUUUUCCUGUUUUGGGCAACCAUAGAUGAUGCAUGGUGGUUUACAGACACCCUUUACACAGAUCUAUGGGGUGGAUGGGAGAUGGAUAACAAUGACAAUGUCUGGGUGUACAAGGAUAUACCCACCUCCUACAGGAAAGACUAUUUAAAGGCAGUACAGGUGUUCGCAGUGCUGGCCUGCCUGUUUGCUGUGGUCUCACUGUGUGUGUUCAUCUUUCAACUCUUUACCCUGGGUAAAGGGAAGCGGUUCACCAUCUCUGGAGUUGUGCAACUCCUAUCCUGUUUCUGCAUAAUGGUGGCUCUGUCAGUCUACACCGAUCACUUUCACAGAGGUGAGAAGGACGGUUGGUACGGUUGGUCUUACAUCAUGGCCUGGUUUGGCUGGCUGCUGACCCUCUUCACUGGAAUUAUGUACAUUGUCCUGCGCAAAAGAGUGGAUUAAAUGUUGACCCUCGCUCUCAGUGCUAAUCCGCGGCUGUAGAUUAAGAAAUGUGUUGUCUUGAAUGUUACAGGCCUCUGGUAGAGUAGAAUAAAUUUGGACAACCAAUAACUGCAGGUCAUUUAAACCUUUGUCCAAAAGUUUCAUGUCUGCCAGACAUAAAAGGUUUACUCAACAUUUAAACACUGGCUAGAAAGGGAAAUGUAAUUAAAAUAAAUCUUUGCAUUUUUAUUUAUUUUAAUACAAAAGAUUGUUUUGAUUGGCUGUGUUUCCUUUCCCUAAUGCAUUGAGGGCAAUGAGAGGGUAUGAAUGCAAGUGAUAAAGUGUACAUAUCUAGAAGUUUAUGCAGGAAUGAAAUGUAAAAAAUGUAUCUAAACAUGUAUAAACAAGAGAAAGAUAAGUUGUACAUAUAAAGUACAUACAAAAGAGUAAACCUUUAAAGAGAAUGUUUCUGUAGAACAUCACUUGCACUUUAAAAUAGCCUACGCUUAACAAACAUACAUGUGUUUUGGUAUGACAUUAUACUAAAAUAAUUCUAGUCAGUGUUUUUUUUCAAGGGACACGAAUUGCACAGUAUAAUCUAUAGCUCCAGAUAGUCUAUGGUGCUGUUUAUUUUACAAAUACACGGUCAUGAAAAGUUUGUAAAUUGACUGCAAGCAUUCCACUACCAUAUUUACAGAACCAUUUGUGUGCAUUAAGGUGAAGACACUUGAAUAUCAGGAUACCUGUACUGUAAUAGCACCACAAACCCUGUUGCUAUGCUUAGCAUUAGAUUAGCAUGAAUAUAGUGAAUGAAUGUUCAUGAGGUCAUAUGAUCACCCAAAGCCCUUUGUGAGCACAUUAACACCUGGAAUUAAGAUGCGUUUUGGUUGAUAGGAUCACAAGUGGAUGAGAGAGCGACACACCUUAAAUUUUUAUCUGUCUCUUUUCCCCCCCACCUUUUGACUGCUUCUGUACCGAUUACUGUCCUGAGUCCUUAAAACACAAGCGGAAGAAUUUACGGGUUUAAGUUGACGCAAAAUAUUAUGUCAGAGUUGGUUGUGCUGUUAUUAAACACGCUGCACAACGUAUUGUACUGUGCAAUUUUAGAGCAACUGAUGUAAUGAAAAUGAAAUAAGCACUUUAGUUUUAUCAAUGAUAACCUAAAGAUGGCGCUGAACACUGUGGGUUUGCACUAGAAGUCAAUACUGAUGGAAAAACAUUGUGCUCGGACAUUACACAAAGUAAAAUCGAAUGCAUUUUCGACUACCUCUGAAUGUGGUCGAAAGUGGAUGAGCUCAAAACGUUUCACACCUGUAUUUAGUGUUGUACACUUGUGAUCCGAUUGACCCAUCGCAUCUUAAUACCAGGCGUAAACAGGGCUUGUGAGAUUCUGAUUUUAUGACACCGAAUGGUCUGAAAGAAUCUUGAAAGCCAUUUAUCUGUUUUUCAGUGUUUGUGUUUUCAUAUUUGAUAGGAGCAAACUAAUGAUUCGACAGAUGCUCCUAAUAAUAUGGAGGUUUGGUUUAUUUAGUUUCUGCUUAUUGUGUUUGGUUGACCAAACAUUCAGAAAUGCUUAAGAUCUGUAGAAAUCUUUCUAUUUUAAAACUGACAAGAAAUGAAAAGGAUCAGCUGUAUUUUUUCAGUGCAAUGCCAGUGUAUAAACCACGGAUGAUCUUAAUUUUAAUUAUAAUAACCGGACAAAUAAAUACCUGAUAAACA